AUGGACACCAAAACUCCAGUAACAUUAGCCAAGGUUAUCAAGGUACUUGGAAGAACAGGAUCUCGUGGUGGUGUCACCCAGGUCAGAGUUGAAUUCUUGGACGACUCUUCCAGAACUAUUGUCAGAAACGUUAAGGGUCCAGUCAGAGAAAACGAUAUUUUGUGUCUCAUGGAGUCUGAGAGAGAAGCUAGAAGAUUGCGUUAA